AUGGCUGCCAUGUUCCUGAGGUGUGGCUCCCACCCCCUAUCGGCCGCGGAAAUCCCACCCACCCUCGGACCAAGCCCAGCCUCCAGGAAGCCUUCCUCAGCUGCAAGUGUCUCCUGUGGCGGCGCGACCCCCUCGGAGUGGGCCUCCGAGGGCUCCUCCCAGGCGGGCCCGAGCUUCUUGCACCCAGCUGCACAGAUCCCGCCAUUCCUGGAGGGCCUCGCGCAGGGCUGUCUGGGCCUGUGGCUGGUGUCAUGGUGCAAGGGGACAGGGACGCGAGCCCUAUGUGGGAGUCUGGGGCUUACUCGAUACUGCCCUCUGGACUCGGAACUGCAGGUGUUCACGCUAUCAGGAAGAGAGAAGGUGUUUGGCUUUGACCUGCCUUCUGAGGUUGAGUGGCGAACUGACAAGCCCCAGGGGUCCCCUGCCUCCACCUUCCUAGCACUAGGAUUGCAGGAAAUGCACAGUAUGACCCAGCCACGGUGGGAUCCCCAGGCCCAGGACACAUCCGGGCUCCAGCCCAUGUGGUUUUCAGAGGCAGAACCAGAAAGAGGAACCAGCUCAAGCUUUCAACCAGGAGCCAUGGCUGGCCAGUUCUGUUCUUCGUCCUUGCUCAAUGAAGAAGUCUGGUCAUUCCUCAAAGCCAUUCCUCCGAUUCCAGACGAGGCAGUAGUCACACAGAAGUCCCCACGUAGUACCUGGAGGGUUGGCACUCUCCGCCAUGGGAAGCGAGUGAAUGCUGUUGCCAUUAGCAGUGCCCCACGGCAUGUGUACACAUGUGGCACUGGCUACAUCAGAGUGUGGGAUGAAGAUGCGUUGCAUGCCUCAGAUAGAGCACCUCAGGCCCAGCUGGACUUUCAGGACCCGAGGAAUCGUGUCCUUACCUGCAAGCUGUUCCCUGAUGAGCAGAGCCUGAUCACAGGGGGAAUGGCCCGGGCUCUGACUCUUUGGGACCUGGCUCCCACCCCCCAAAUCAGGGCCCAGAUGGCCUCCACAGGUCCUAUGUGCUAUUCCUUGGCCCUCUCUUCCGAUGCCCACAUCUGCUUGGCUUCUUUCAAAGGAUUUGUGGAGAUUUGGGAUGUGCAGAACCAAAUCUUGAUCAGGAAACACGAGGUUCCUCUCUAUGGGUCGCGCUGCGUGGACAUCACAGGCUUUAAGUUCUGGACAGGUGGUGAAGACACCACACUGUAUUCUUGGGACAUGAGGAGCUACCAGAAACUGCAACAACACAACUUAUGCCAUGAGAUCCUCAGCAUUACCCACGACCCCAGUGAGGAAUGGGUGCUAGCAGGCUUGAAAAUGAGUGACAUUGUCAUCCUACAUGCUCACCGGGAGGAGAAGUACAAAGCUGUUGUCCAAAGAUACACGCAACACCACAACCUCAAGUUCGCCUCUUGUGGGACCCAUUUUGUGGCCACACUGGAUGGUAUGAUCCAUUGUUUAGCGGCACCUUCUUUACGAAGGUUGUUCCAGACAGAGGAGUGUUAUGAGAUUCUAUGCUGUGACAUGUCCGCUGAUAGUCAGUAUCUGGUCACGGGUUCCAAGGAAAGUGCCACAGUGUACCAGCUCUUGUACUGA